GUCUGUCUACUUGUGUGUGGACUGUCAGACAACACGUGUCAGUAAGUUCUCCACAGUCAACACGUGGGUCGUACGAGUGCUGCUUGUGUAGGUAAUAUUAUUGUCUGUAAACAAACCUUUUGCACGUGAGUUUAAACAUGAUAUGAAUGCGCUGACAGCUCGGAGUCCUCACAGUCGUUAUCUGAUGUCUGCGUCACUGACGACGACUGUCAAGGACAGACUACCGAGUGUUUCAACAGUUCGUGUGUUUGUCGUCCCGGGAUGUUCUCCACAAGUGAGGGUUCCUGUCUCCUGGCCUGUAACCCUGACGACCUGCAAAACACCUUCAUCGCUUAUCCCGACAGCAACAUCCGGGGACUCAUCAACUUCGGAUGCAGCUCUGAGUCCUCAGUGGAGAGGUGCAUGGAGCGGUGUGUCCAGACCACCGGUUGUCUCGCCCUGGAUUUUCACGGUGACGAAGGACGGUGCCAGCUUCACAAUGUCACGGCCAUGACAGUGCCAUCACAGUGGCGACCUCACUCCUCACCUCACUGGACUCACUACCAGCGGAUGUGUGGAGCAGCGUGACGUCAGCACCUGACCACACCUACAACUCCACCUGCAGCAGUGACAGCGAGUGUUCAGGGAUCAACGGCCACUGUGUCUUGGGAAGGUGUCAGUGUGCAGCUGGCUUCUUGUUUGCUCAGGAGCUGUCUUCGUGUC